AAGCUAUCAGAAACAGACAAACUGAUUCUGGUUUCAUGCCCCAAACCCCGAGAGAAAGAGAGAGAGGUUGUGUGUGUACUGUGCUGUGCAAGCUGCAAGCAAGGAAAACGCAUCAGAACCAGAUCAGUGACAACCCACACGAGCGGUUUUUGAACUCCAUGCACACCAUCAUCAUCAUCAUAUUCCACUUUUCUAAACAAACAAACCCACUUUACUUUCAUCUCUCUCUCUUUCUUUCUUUAUUUAUUACUUUCCUCUGUGAGAGACAGAGAGAUCAGUCUCAAAAUAAGCACCCCCUGAUUCUCACUUCACUCACUAGCUACUUCCUUUCUUUCAUUCUUUCUUCACAUAUAUGAGAAGAAGCUAGAGAGUGAAAAAACAAACAUGUGAACUUUCACAACACCUUUCCUUUAAAUUGUUCAUCUUCUCUUCUCUUCUCAUUCUUCUAAACCAACCCCACCUUUCAAAAUUUCAUACUCUCUUUCUCUUUUCUUCUCUCUGAUUUCAAAAGACAGAGAAAGAUGAACUGUUUUCAUUUUCACAUCCUUUCUUUACCUUUCACCUGACAUAGUAAGAAAAGGAUCUGUUUUCCUUUCAUCACAUUUUCAUGCUUGUUCUAUUCCCUUCCAGCAUUGUCGAGGAGAGAACAACAACAACCCAUUUUUAGUUUUACAUCAAAGCUGAACCCUUUCUGAUUGUUGUCUUUAGUUCUUUUCUUUUUUGCCUGAGUCAUCAUGAAUCCUCAGCACUUGAUCAAUGGUUGUGAAGGUUUCAGUAGUGGGGAUCAUAAGAGUUUCUUGAUCCCUUCACUACCUGUUCCUUCUUCUCUUCUUGUUGGUUCCCAAUCUCCUGUUCCUUUUCAGGUUUUGACACCCUCAAUGUUCCAGGCCCAAGAAAACAGGGGAAUAACAGAGAGAACCAACAAUGAAGCUGAAAGGGAUUUGGGGCUUGAUAGCAAGAGCUUGUCUUUGAAACUAGGUGAUGAAGUUGAAGCUCCAAAGGGCUCUGGUUCAGGGAAAAUUGGGUAUACUAAGCUUUGUUCUAGAGGACACUGGAGGCCAGCUGAAGAUGCACAGCUUAAGGAGCUUGUUGCUCAGCUUGGUCCUCAAAAUUGGAACUUGAUUGCAGAGCAUCUCCCAGGAAGAUCAGGCAAAAGUUGCAGAUUGAGGUGGUUCAAUCAGCUAGACCCAAGAAUCAACAAGAGGGCAUUUUCUGAGGAGGAAGAGGAGAGGCUCUUAGGUGCUCACACAAUGUAUGGUAACAAAUGGGCUUUGAUUGCUAGGCUUUUUCCUGGAAGGACAGAUAAUGCAGUGAAGAACCAUUGGCAUGUCAUCAUGGCUAGGAGGCACAGGGAGCAUCCUGGUAGUGGUAACUACAGAAGGAAAAAGCCAGCUGUUGAAAAAAUUCCAAAGGGUUUAGAAUUGACCCUUUCAAACAAUGCAGCAAGUGAAUCAAAAUCAACAAUCUCAAGCACCAUUGAUGAAUCUUCCUCAACUUGCACUAACCUCUUCCUCACUCCCCCUUCAGCAAAACUAAUUCUUGGACUUAAUCAUAAUCUGGGUCAUGUUCAGAAUCACCACCAAGGCUCUGGAUCAGUCACGGGUCAAUCUGGAGAGAGGGUAGUAGUGGGAACAGAGAAUGUGAGUCUUGAUAAGUUUUUUGGUGCUUGGAACAAGAAACCCAUGGAGGUGGACCAGUCCAAUUUUUCUGAAUCAACAAAUUCAGAAGUUUCAGUAUCUGAGUCAGUUGCUGCUGCUGCUGCCAAUAGGUCAAACUUUAACCUCUCAAUUUCUGGAGAAAGCGGAAACGUGGGUGGUGAGAGGAUUAACAACAUGCCAUUCAUUGAUUUUCUUGGAGUAGGAGCUGGUUCUUCUUCUUGAUAGCUAAAUUGUUGAAACAAUCUUCAAAAGAAACAAAAGCAAAAAAGUGCAUUCCCUUGUGUUAGGUGGAAAUGGGUCUGGUUCUUCUGUAGUGUAUUCCCUUGUGUACAGUUUGGUCCCAAAAAAGGUAAAAAGUAAAAAAGUGAAAAUGUAAAAAAAAUGAAAAAAUGAAAAAAAAAAAAAAAGACUUGAGUAAAUGGGAGAGAGAGAGAUCAGGGAAAACCGGGUUGUUAUGAACUUAUGACAUAAGAGUAGUUAUGAGAUUUGAAAAAGUACAAUGAUUUUUCAAACUCUGGGUUUUGGACUGUUCCUGCAAUGAAUCAGGGCUUUGUUAUUAUAAUUUAUAACUGUGCUGCUGUUGCUUUUGGCAUUUUGUUUAUCAGAAAGCCAGAAAAUUUCUGACAUGGACACCUCUUUCCGUGAAUCAAACGAACCGACCUGUUUUUGAUUUUGGGUUUUGUAGCUUUUUUUACUGUGUAUUUGGUAUUAGUAAUUUGACCAUAUUUGAC